AUGGAAUAUGGUGCCACGCAAUCUUCGAUGUUAUGUUAUGUUGGCCUCCAACAGCAGCCGACACUUCCGUCACCAUCCAAUGCCCACCCGCCAAAGGCUUCGAUACCAAAAAUAACGUCACCAAUGCGUGCGGCCCCAGUGGGAUAUGGUUGGGCCGGAAUGGAAGUGAAAUUGCCACAAAUGCAAAAGGAUGGACCAACUACUCAAUGUGCCACAAGACAUGAUGGACCCUGGUGUAACGCAGUCUGGGAUUAUAUAUUGUGCUGGCCACCAGCCCGAGCCAACACUUCCGCUUCACAGCAAUGCCCUCCAGUCCAGAGCCUUGACACCACGAAAGUUCUCACCAAAAACUGUGGGCCUACAGGAAAAUGGGUGGGUAGGGAUGGGACCGAAAUUGGUACUAGUGAACAAGGAUGGACCAACUAUUCAAUGUGCUACAAGACGGAAGUCGUGCAGUUCAUGGAGACUCUGGCUACUCUUAAGGCAAAGAAACCACAGGAU